GAGCUUGAGACAAGGCAGGUUAAUGGUCGAAAUUCAUCAGCUCGUUCAAGGCCUGCCCCAGACUUUUGAAAGAAAAACCGAGAGGAUUCGCGAUACAUUGGUCGCAGGCCAUGCCAACAUCGACAAUAUGGUGGCCACGCUCGACGGCCAGAUUCGUGCACAAGCAUCCGACCUGGAACAAUUGUUAACGGCCAAAUGUCAACCUCCGAAUCAGCGCAAUCUUCUGAGGCUGGACGGCCCAAAUGUCGAAGCCGAUCCUUACGUUUCGGUCGAGGUUUCAGUCCACCGAAACUGCUUGUCCUGCUGCAGAUGCCAGUGUCAUCAACAUCAGAGAAUGCAGAGCCCAGCUUGGAUGCGCUCCGUCUUUGGCACACUUUUUCUCCAAUACAACAGCGUCCCGUUGCUGAGGCCCCAAAAGUGCGACCUCGGAGAAUGCAGAGCAAGCUCUCCUGCUUCGUCGCGCUUGAUCUACCUCUUUCCCAAGUGGUUUCUCUCUCGCGCUGUCUUUCUUGCGACUUCCUGGAGUAGUCUGACUGGGACAGGUGCUUCUAUCCAUCUUCACGUCCCAAGGCUUGUUCCACGAGAUCAGAUGGUAUCGGUUGUGUACAACUGUGAUAUUGCAUGGAUAAAACGAGGCAUCACCAACUCGACUGUACUGCCAACAGACGUAGAUGAUGACGGAAACUCGCUUCUCAUGUUAUCCCUUCGUGACGUUAACCUCUCCCUCUCGGAAUUCCUCGUUCAACAGGGCUGGCCGCUACACCUGGAAAAUGUGACUGGAUGGACAGCUUCAUCACGCUCCCGACUUCUGUUCUACGCUACGAAGCACGAGCGGAUCCAAUCACUCAAACCUGAGCAUCGCCGUAUGAUCGAGCAUCUCACAUUUUCACAAGGAGGACCAGGCAGUACAUCGACUUUGAUACACGACGCAGUUCUUGGAGUGACGUCAAUGUCCGUAUCGGAUGCAAUAACUCAGGCCCGUUUGGACAUUGAUAGCCUUGACAGCUAUGGGUGGUGUCCGCUACACUGGGCAAUCUAUCUCGACGAUUACAAUUCGCUCGAGGUCCUACUGUACCGUGGCGCCAGCCCAAAGACAGUGACCAGAAGCGGUUGGACGCCGCUUCAUUACGCGGCGAGAUAUGAACAUCCUGGCUCUGUGAGAAUGGCCCAGGCAGUCAUUGACGCCGGCGCAGAUAUCAAUGCACAGGUCAGAAACUAUCGGGGGCUCAAAGGGGAAACUGCAAUCAUAUUCGCCUUCGACAACCCGGAGAUGGUCAAACUUCUGUUGGAGUACAGUUCCGUCAUCGUUGUCAAAACAGACAUUAAUUGGGUGUGUCCGUUGUCGUACCGAGCUCGUCGGACGAGCAACGUCGAUCGUCAUGAUCCAAGAAGAUGGUACUGGGAUCGAUCCCUAGAUCUACUCAUCAGUGCCGGUAUGGACCUCGACUUGCCAUCGCAGCAAACGGGCUACGAGGGACGAACGCCUCUUCAUGAUACGAUCCUGUGGCGUAAUGCAGCGUUGUUAGAGCUCUUGAUCCAACAUGGCGCUAGGCUCGAUGCCAUGGACAAGUAUGGGUCAGGCGUGCUACACUUUGCAGCUCAAAGUGCGAAUCUCGAGCUCAUCAACGUGUUGCGGGAUGCUCAAAUCUGCGGUUUGAAUCCGGAUCAAACAAACGCUGCUGGCGAUACGCCGAUGAGGAUCAUGACGGCACGGAUGUACGGCGACGAGGAACGAAGGCAGCCUGGCGAGACAAGACCGACGUAUGAGGAGUGGUUGGCCUUCAAACAGCUGUUGCUGGAAAUACGGGGACGCAAUUGUGGCCACUUCUCGACAGAUCAUACCGGCAUAGUGUUCCUUGGGAGGUAUUCGCACAGCGCCCAGAGUGAUGUUGAGGAUAUCACUUCUAUGGGGGUUUCGGAGGACGACCGCAGCGAUGAAGACGAGUUCUUUGACACAUCUGAAGGGUAACAAAGCUAACCAGCAGAAUCCGAGAGCUGAAUCAGCCAACGCGGAGUGAACAGGGUAUGCAGCAAGU